AGGAGCUGGGUGAGCAGCAGCAGAGCUGAGCCACAACCCUGUCUGCAUUGCCGGCUCCUCCCGGCCUCGGGGCAUCAGCGACCCAGGCCAGGGCUCCUCUCAAGCUCAUGGCUGUGGCCGAGGCGGUGCGAGGUGAGUGUGAGCAGGGUCGGGCCAUGCCCCGUUCCCGGCGCACUCGCUCCUGUGGCAAGCGGUACCGCUUCAUCCCGGGGCCGAUCGCCAGGCAGGGCCGUGGAGCCCCGGCGGGCUCGGUGUGGGGCUGCCCGGGGUCCGGCGUGCGGGGCCGUGCCCAGGGGCGCUCGGCUGCUGUUCCUGCCGGGCGAGUUCUCGGCAUGGCCGCCCAGUCUCCUCGAGGCUCCCCCUCCCUGGUCGGCAGCCAGCAGCAGCAGAUACCUGAUACUCGGGUUGUGCAAGCGCGAAGGGGGAGCCUGGCCCUGCCCGGCCCUUGGGAGCCACCCGGAAGGCCGAGCCCGCCGGCCCCACCUGGAGAGGAGCUUAAAGGCCGGCCGGGCGGCCCCAGCGCAGCCGGUUCCUGCACCAUGCCCGCGGCCCGCAGCGUCCUCAUCUUGGCGGGGCUCCUGGCUCUCUGGGCAGAGCUGCUGGCAGCAUCCGCCCAGAAUGACACCACGAAAGCCGGCGUGUGCCCGAGCCCGGCGCUGGAUGCGGUGAACUGCACGGUGGGGUGCCAGUCCGAUGGCGACUGCGAGAGCACCCUCAAGUGCUGCCCGGCAGCCUGCGGCAAGGCCUGCCAGAAGCCUGACGAGAAGCCUGGCACCUGCCCACCCGUGAACCCGGGCAUCCCCAUGCUGGGUGUCUGCACCAACCAGUGCAAGACCGAUGCCAACUGCUCCGGGAUCCAGAAGUGUUGCAGGAAUGGCUGUGGCAAGGUCUCCUGUGUGACACCCAUCCACUGAGGUGCAGAUGCCUCCUGCCAGCUCAGCCACAGGGAAGCUGCUGCCCGAUGCCCAUCCCACAUGCCCUGGCCGUGGCCCUGCACCAUCCCCCUGGCUUGGAGCCUUCAGCCUCAGUUUUCUCCCUGGGGUUCUCUGCUCAGGGCAAGCCCCCUGCACUCUCUCCAAUAAAGCAGCUUCUUCCUGA